UUUAAUUCCAGUUUUCAAAUCAACAAAUAAUUUCAAAAUGGAGGAUCAAAAAAUUAAAAAGCUGUUUUCUGUAGAAGAUGCUAUUCAAAAAUUUCAAGAAAUUGUUUCCCAAAGCUCUCGAAAAGAAUAUUUCCAAAAUAUUUUAUCACCUUCAUCUCAAAAGAAGUCAGAAUUAGAAUUAGCAUGGUUCUUGCAUAUUUUUAGAGUGAUGCCAUUGGAUGUUUUUAUUAUAAAAUUCAACGAGCAACAGCUACUUGAGAACAUCCGCCUUCUUUUCUGUGUUUGGGAGUGUGAGGAAGAAGUUUUCUUUGUUCAAUCUGGUAUUUUAUCAUACAUUGUUUCGAACGUUUUUGAGGAGGAUAUGAAAAAUGCACGCCUGAAACAGAUUCUGAUUCCAGCUGUGGAGACUAUAUUGAAAGAGACUUUUUCUGCUGCUGAACUAGAAUUUCCAACUCAUCAGUUGAAUUUCUUCUUUGCCAUCUUCAAUGCAGGCAUUGUGGAUGUGCAGACGCUUUCUCAUUUUUGUCAAUUUUCUCUGAAGUAUUAUCUCAGCCUUCCUGAUAUCAUUGAAGAUGAUGAAGUUUUCAGAAUUCAAAGUGAAUGGAAAAACCAAUUUUGCCCUCCACCUACUUUGAAGAUUCUUCUUGCAAAGAUGGUGGCAAGUACCUCAAGUGCAGAAGUACAGAGAAUAUUACUGGAUGGCUUGAGACAAGACCCAACCCACUGGAGAAAUCUUUUUCACGUAGUAGAUACCUUUCUUGGUACUGGAAGCCAAUUACUAGAGACAGUGAGAGCAAUGGCCCGAGAAGCAAUGACAGAAGUCCAUGGUCUUAAGAAGGGUAUACUCUUGUUGCGACAGAUGAACAUUAGAAACAACUUGCCCUUCUCUGUUUCUUAUCGACAGUGGUUGCAGGAUGUCCUCUCUUCUCUCCCAAAACAAGCUGAAGCAAUUUCAUUACUAAUGAGGGUGCUGUCUGACUUGGUGCCUUUUGAGGAAAAUGUUGAAUGCCUGAAAGUAGCCAUAACAUUUCCUUUUGGUUUGCCAGAAGAGUGUAAUUGUCUGCACAAGGAUUAUGUGGAUCUUCUAAAAACCAGAAUACAAGACCUGGAGCCGCGUUGCAGGCCAGAGGAUGACUUGAUCAGGGCUCUGGACACAUUUCAAGAGACUGCUAAAAUCCCACCGUUUAUUCUGGAGAUGAGCCUUUUUCAGAAGCAGCGCUUCCAGAAGGAAUUUCUUCCAGUCUUGUUCAUGGCUCGAGAGCAGUCGCAUCAGCAAAACGUGGCAGAAAAAUUUAUCCAGGCACUAGACAGGGCAGGCAAGCUUCCCAUCAAGCAGCUUUUGAAGUCAAAAGUAAAAGAAGCAUUGACAUAAAAUGUUUUCUUCAAAAUCUUUGAAAAAGAAGUGAAAUCAAAAACUUUUUCUUCUUCUGCUGAUGAAAGGAUUUCAAUCAUAUCUUUUCAUAUGCACUAAAGACACAGGAGGCAUGAUUGCGUUCCAAGAUCAAGUUGGUUCCGUGAUUUGGCUGAUAAAGACACAAGACAGUCAAGUUAAUCGAGCUUAGCUUCCUAAAUGAAGAGUACCUGGCAUUUCUACUAAACUAAAUUAGAGCUUGGAUACCAAAGAGCAACUUGUAAAAAAAAAAAAAAAAAAAAUUAAAAGCAUCAAACCUGCCUAUCUUCAAACGAUCUAUCAUGUGUAAAUAAUAUGAAACAAUUCAAAAUGUUUAUUAUGUCCUAAAAUUUAGCUUUUGUAAUUUUAUCACUAACUAGUGAAAAUUUCUUGGAUCAAACAAACUACAUGUUUUACUUUUGUUCUUUAUUCAACAUACAAUCGAGAGCUAAUAGUCUGAACUUCAAGUAACCAGACCUUAACUGUCUUAAUUAUCAGAACUCUUUA